AGGCGGGGAUCACGGAGGGAUAAUGAGGCAGCUGUAGUUACCUGGGAAAGUACACAGAGUACACACGCAAGUUAGAAAUUCGCAGGAAAUUGGCUGCAAAACGUUCAAGGAGCAGCGAAAACCCAAAUUAGACUGAUGAAAUCACAGAGGAGCUACCCAUCAUUUUGGACAUUUGACAGAAUGAACACCAUGCUUAUUUCCUCACUGCUGGGUGUAGCUGCAUUUGUUCUCCCAGUUGCUACAUCUAAAGAGACUCUAAAGGCCAGUGUGUCUGUGUGGCCUCCAGGGUCGAACAUCUACCUCGGUGAGUGCGUGUUGCUGCAGUGCUCAGUGGAGUCAAACUCCAGUUUUGCGUGGAGCUACCAGUGGUUAAAGCACGAACCGCGCGCUGCUCUUGCCUCGACCUCCAAUCCCAGGCACCUGGUCUCAGGUGACAGCUACUCCAUCACCGCGGUAACGAGAGAGGACGCGGGCAGCUACUGGUGCCGAGCCGAGCGGUGGGAGAGCAACAGCAGCUCUGUGGUGCUCCUCAGCCAGCCGGCCACACUCGGUGUGUCAGAGCUGCCUCCUCCCUCACUCCUGACUCUGACUCCGAGCACCAGGCAGAUCCUCAGAGGGGAGCGUUUCACUGUGAAGUGCCCCGGCUCUCAGAGCAACUCCUCGGGCUGGACGCUGAGGCGGUUCCCCUUGGGCCGUGGAGUGAAGAACGCGGCCUUAUACACUGACCGGUGUUCACCACUAGGGGGUGCUGUAAGCGCAGGCACGUCUGACACUUGUGUGUUCACUGCUGCCAGCGGGAACAGUGGACUGUACUGGUGUGAGGGCGCCGAGGGCCGCAGCAACGCAGUCAACAUCACAGUAAGCUAUGGUGCCAUCAUCUUGAAGACCCCUUCCUUCCCUGUAUUUGAGGGUGAUAAAGUGGUCUUGUAUUGUCAUUACUGGACAGGCAAUCACAGUCAAAUAACCUUCUUUAAAGACGGAGCAGAGAUCGUCACUUCCAGUUCCUCCGGUUCAGACAAAGUAACAAAGAUGACUAUAGAGAAUGUGACACAGGAAGAUGAAGGCUUCUACAAGUGUGCGUCCCAGGACAGAAAGCUGGAGAGUCCAGAGAGCUGGUUAUCAGUGAGACCUGAUCGAGGCAACUUCACAUCAACAGAUUGGACCGCAGCCUCCAGCAGUGGCUCCUGGAAAUGGAUCGUUCCAUGUGCAAUUGUACCUCUGUUCCUCAUCCCUGUAACUGUUUGGUUAGUUCGUCACUACAGUUACCAGACGCUCGGCACCCGUAGGUGUUGGUCAUUUUCCAAAGAGGAUCUCCCAGCAGUGGAGAUUCCUGCGACCAAGCAGGACGUGACAGAAGUACAGUGGGACCUGUCCUGGAUGGAGAUGUCCAAUCUGUUGGAUAAACAGUUGUAUCCUGGCACGUAAAGGAGGAUCACUCUCACCUGGAGCAUACAGAAAAUAGUGACAGCUAUCAGGUAGUUCAGUCAGCGCUGCUUCUAACAUGAUGUAGGAGCAGUUCACAGUCAUUGAUGGUCACAUGUCAAAACAGUCCAAGCUUAACCCUCUUGUUGUCCUCGGGUCAAAUUUGACCCGUUCUCAAAACUUCUAUGUCAGAAAUAUGGGUUUCUUUUUAACUCAAUUACUCAAAAAAUGAAGUGCAAUUGCAAGUACUCGAUUACUACCUGCAUUGAGUUGUGGGUAUUCAAUUUUAUAGAAUUUGAAAAAAUUGAAAUGGUUUCAAAACCUGACUAAACUUUGACAUCCACACGUCUGUGUUUUCCACCAACAUAUACGUUCCUCUAAUAUUAGUCAAAAUCAUUCAUCAUUUCUAAAUUAGGUAUAAUCUCCUAUAAAUGAGAUUUAUUGACCAUGAAUUCCAAAAAUAUGUGUAAAACUAUUGGUAAUAAGUUGGUGUUAGUGAAGAAUAGCAUCGAAAACUUGACAAAGUGACAAAAACAUUGAAAAAAGUGACAAAAAACGUCAGAAAAUGUAUCAAAAAUAUAAAAAUAAAACGAUCAAAAGAAAGUGUUAAUUUUGACCGCGAAGGACAACAAGUGCAUGGUCGACCAGAAGACAACACAAGGGUUAAGGGGUUCAGCGAGAUUCAGCACGUAUAUUAAUGAAUCAUCUUAAAAUCAUGCAAGUCUCUUUUACAAGUUGAGUCUUUAAAUGAAAAAUCUUACUUGGAAAAUCCACAAUGAAAAUAUUUGUAAAAAGUUAAUGAACAGCUUGAAUAUUAAGGGAAGUGUUAACUGACCUACCAUACUUGUAAUUUAACUAUAUUACCAUUUAUUGUAUGCAAUCUAUUAACUGUUGUAAAUUGUUUGGAGUGCUACUUACUUAUCCUAGAAUAACAAGAUAUUUAGAAUUGUCUAAAACAAAAUUAAAUGGUUAUCAGCUGUGACUCAUCUGUUCCACUGUUUAAAUUUUUUUUUUAACAUUAAUGUGAGUUCCCCCAGCCUGCCUAUGGUCCCCCAGUGUCUAGAAAUGGU